AUGUAUCUGUAUAUCUAUCUAUCUAUGCCUGUUAAUUAUCUAUCUAUCUAUCUAUCUAUCUAUCUAUCUAUCUAUCUAUCUAUCUAUCUAUCUAUCUCAUUCUGUUCAUAUCUAUCUAACUAUCUAUAUAUCUAUAUAUAUCUUCGUUUUUCCAUUAUCUACCUUCGUCUUCUCCCGGCCGAAAGCACUCAUAUCUAUCUAUCUAUCUAUCUAUCUAUCUAUCUAUCUAUCUAUCUCAGUAUGUUCAUAUCUAUCUAUCUAUCUAUCUAUCUAUCUAUCUAUCUAUCUAUCUCAGGAUGUUCAUAUCUAUCUAUCUAUCUAUCGUCGUCUGUUCAUUAUCUAUCUAUCUAUUUAUCUAUCUUUUUUAAUAUGCUCAUAUCUAUCUAUCUAUCUAUCUAUCUAUCUAUCUAUCUCAGUAUGUUCAUAUCUAUCUAUCUAUCUAUCUAUCUAUCUAUCUAUCUAUCUAUCUUCACUUUUCUUUCUUUUUCUCUGCUAGAUUCAUGUACAUUUGUGACUUUAAUUUUUUGA